AUGGAGCUGGCCAGCGAUUUCCUCUACAGGUACUGGCAAAAAUCGGCCACGGAGCUGCACAAGGAUCUCCGUCGACAGGAAUUUCGGUCGCUGGAACUCAUAGUGGAUGCAUCGCCAAAGGCGAAGCUGGAUGUCUGGUCCCCGAUUGUCUUUGCUGGCAGAGUUGCAGCGGCCUUACCGCUUCAGAGGCUCAGUGCUCUGGCUGCGAGCACAGUCUCUGUGGAAACGAAAGUACAAGAGGGCCAGAAAAUUAUGGACAAGUUUGCAGAGACGGCUGCCGAAGGGAAACAAGCCUCGCUUCGCAAAAUGCACUUGGGCAGCAGCAAGACUCGGUUGUCGCCGAAGAUGAUCAGCAAAAUGCGCCAGAAGAAGCUUUCUGCGAGGGAACAGAUGAGGGCCUGCAUGCACGUGCUGUCGGUGCUCGACCUGGAGCUACUGGUCGGAACUCAGGUGCUUCGUCCGUUGGACACCGCACGGAACGAGAAGAGGAUCAUGGAGGACGGCAAAGCUUGGCUUUGGGACCCAAACACGGGUGAGGCAACGUGGGACCACCUCACGCCCAUGCACAAGUCCAACCUACGACUCAUCUUGGCUCCGGACGAGGGCUCCACACUCUGGGCAGCCUUCACGUUCCUUGCUAAUCGCAAUUUCAAGGUGAACUUCGUUCGUGAUGAGUUGUGA